CAGAGAGCCGCCACAGCCCACAGCCCACACCCCUCGCGUUGGCCUCUUUUAAAUACCGUGCAUCCCGGCGCCGCACAUGGCUCACGCGACGCUGCUCCACUGCUCCCAAUCCUCCACGAGCCCCCUAGCCUGUCGCCGCGGCAGCCACUACUACUACCGCGCCCCUUCGCACGUCCCGCGCCGCUCCCGCCCCCGCGGACGCGGCGGCGUCGUCAGCCUGCGUCCGAUGGCCUCGUCGACGGCGGCUCAGCCCCCCGCGCCGGCGCCCCCGGGCCUGAAGGAGGGCAUCGCGGGGCUGUACGACGAGUCUUCGGGGCUGUGGGAGAACAUCUGGGGCGACCACAUGCACCACGGCUUCUACGACUCGGGCGAGGCCGCGUCCAUGGCCGACCACCGACGCGCCCAGAUCCGCAUGAUCGAGGAGGCGCUCGCCUUCGCCGCCGUCCCAUCCCCAGAUGAUCCGGAGAAGGCACCAAAAACCAUAGUAGAUGUUGGAUGUGGCAUUGGUGGUAGCUCAAGGUACUUGGCUAAGAAAUACGGAGCACAGUGCAAGGGGAUCACAUUGAGCCCUGUUCAAGCUGAAAGAGGAAAUGCUCUUGCUGCAGCGCAGGGGUUGUCGGAUCAGGUUACUCUGCAAGUUGCUGAUGCUCUGGAGCAACCGUUUCCUGAUGGGCAGUUUGAUCUGGUAUGGUCCAUGGAGAGUGGCGAGCACAUGCCGGACAAGAGAAAGUUUGUUAGUGAGCUGGCACGCGUCGCUGCUCCUGGAGGGACAAUAAUCAUCGUGACAUGGUGCCAUAGGAACCUCGAACCAUCUGAGACUUCGCUAAAACCCGAUGAACUGAGUCUCUUGAAGAGGAUUUGCGAUGCGUACUACCUCCCAGACUGGUGCUCACCUUCAGACUAUGUGAACAUCGCCAAAUCACUGUCUCUGGAGGAUAUCAAGGCAGCUGAUUGGUCAGAGAAUGUGGCCCCAUUUUGGCCCGCUGUGAUAAAAUCAGCACUAACAUGGAAGGGCCUCACCUCUCUACUGACAAGCGGAUGGAAGACGAUCAGAGGGGCGAUGGUGAUGCCGCUGAUGAUCCAAGGUUACAAGAAGGGGCUCAUCAAAUUCACCAUCAUCACCUGUCGCAAGCCUGGAGCAGCGUAGGUGACCAAGGGGCAGAAGUUACUGUCAAAGCACCUCUGCUAAGUCCAAUAAUGUAGAUCCAUGGCCCCAUCACCGUCUAUUGUACUGUACUGUACUGUACCAGAAUGAACAGUCUCCUGGGACAUGUUUUCCAAUUGCCAUGACAUGUCAAAUGAUCUUCUACCACUCCUGUACCAGAAUGCUUUAUUUACUCAUCUUGCUCAGCCCUA